AUAUAGAUGAAACUAGAAAACAUCUUCGUGUAUCUAUUUGUAAUAAGAGACUCCAAAACAACAGUUAAGUUCACACGUUUUCUCUUGAGUUAAUGAUCAGUGUGUACACAUCUCUCUUGGAUGUAUAACUAAGUUUCUUUUUUCAAUUUCUGUUCAAAUCUUUAAUGGGAAAAAAAAAGAUUCCACUUCAGGAAAAAAAAUGAAUCCCACUCUAACGUACGUAAACUAUUGUUUAUCUAUAUUUUUUUAAUGAAUGAAAAACAAAGUUGUUAUAUUCUUAUUCCCUUAACUUUUACAGAGAAUGUCAGUUUAAUUUAUACACAAAUAAUAUAUUUCUUAUAUAAAACCAAACCUUAAAAAAUAGAACUUUAUGUUUGUUUUCCUUCUUCGAUUCCAUGCAUGUGUUUCCGAAAAGAAACUAGCAAAUAAUAUGUACAGGCAUGCAUUUUCCUUCUUUAUUUUUCUCUUUUUAUCAUUUAGGAUCUUUGUACAGUGUUCAUAUUUAUUUAAAUUCUUCUGUCAGAGCUUUUUUAGCAAUCGUUAUUGAUAUCCAUUUCUUAAACGUUCAGAUUCACACGUACGCUUUUUUUUGCUAUAAGCAAAUAAAAAGGCCAUUUUCACGCGUCUCUACAGUGUUAACAAAUACACUCAUACAAUUGCAUGAUUUUUAUGUGCCUCGAAAAUUAUGAUAUAUAUACUAAACAAAAUUUGAAAAUAUGCAAAACUUCAGAUUGACGUUUUGUUGUUAUUUUUCUUAUGUUCACACAAACAAAAUGUUUCUAUAAACCAUUCAAAAUUCUUCACUCCAAAACCCUAAUUAAUAUCUCUCUUCCACUUUCCUUGUCUUCUUUGUUUCUCAUUUUCAACGCAUCAUCGUCUAUUUGAAAAAGUGCAAAAUCUGAAACCCUAAUAAUCAAUGAAUAAUGGGAAGAGGCCCUUUCGAGCUGGUGAAUCUGAGGAGAAGAAAGAAGCCGAUGACGACGAGAACAUAUUUCCGUUCUUCUCGGCACGAUCCGAAUACGACACGCGUGCCAUAGUCUCAGCCCUGACUCAAGUCAUUGGAAACCAAAGCAGCACGCAUGAUAAUAAUCUACAUCACCCUGUUGAGUAUGAUCAGCAAGAUCCUAUCCAACAUGUUCCUCCUACUCAAGAUCAAGGAAACUUGAGGAAAAUACAUUAUAGAGGGGUAAGGCAACGACCAUGGGGAAAAUGGGCUGCCGAAAUUAGGGAUCCACAAAAGGCCGCACGCGUGUGGCUUGGGACAUUUGAGACCGCUGAAGCUGCGGCCUUAGCUUAUGAUGAAGCAGCUCUUAGGUUCAAAGGAAGCAAAGCCAAACUUAAUUUCCCUGAGAGAGCUCAACUAGCAAGUAACACUAGUACUAUUACCGGUCUACCAAACUAUUACUCUUCUAAUAAUCAAACUUACUACUCAAAUCCGCAGACUAAUCCACAAAACAUACCAUAUUAUAACCAAUACUACUAUAACCAAUAUCUUCAGCAAGGGGGAAAUAGUAACGAUGCAGUAAGCUAUAGUCUGGCAGGUGGGGAAACCGGAGGCUCAAUGUAUAGCCAUCAGACAUUAUCUAAUACCACUUCUUCAUCAGCUGGUGGAUCUUUAAGGCAACAAGAAGAUUACACAAGUUUUUGGCAUUUUGGGGAUUCUUCUCCUAAUUCGGGGUUUUGAGAUCCUCAUAUAAAUAAGGGGUUUCGGAUUACUUAUUAUGAGGAGAUCAUAUCAUAUGUUCCUUGAGUGUUUUCUAUUUUCAUUAUGCGUGUGUCGUUCGUGUAUCAUUUUCUUAGUUUCUUCUCAAGAGUUUUCACUGGGUUCUUUGUUAACAAGCCUUAAUUUCAAACUAAAUUCAUAAAAUAACAAAAAUAUUGUCCUUAAAAUUUGUGGGAGUAGUCUCAAAUAAGCACACACAUACAUAUAUAUAAAUUAUUCACUGGUUUCUCGGUACAUGAUGUUAAUGGAUAUAUGAUAUGGCAUGUAUAACGUGAGUGAUCAAAACAAUAUAUAAAAUCAACGAUAAAAAAAAUCUUAAGUUUGUACAAUGUCACAUCACAUGA